AUGGACGACGUCGUUGAAUUUCCGGUUGCAAAAAGGCAACGACGGGAUGGCCUUGCAGCGGCCAAAGACAAGCCACCCACGAGUUCGAGACUGUUUGCUCCGUUUAGGACCCUUGGCCUCGUCUCUCCAACAAGAGUGCCCUUCACUUCCGUUCCGCUGGGGAAAACCACGUUCCAGAUCACCACCUCCGUCGGGAACAGCCUGCACACCUACGAUCUGCGACGAGGACUCAACCUAGUCUUUCUCAGCCGUCCACAAUGUCCCAAGCCAAUCACCGCCAUAUACGCUCACCGCGAUCGAGUUUUUGCUGCCUGGGGCGGAGCACAACCGAACGAGCCCCAAGGAGUGUGGGUUUUCAAGCGAGGACAAUUGAUCGGAGAGCUGGAGACCCAGGGGACGCAUCCGCAACAGAUUGUGCAAAUACUAGUUUUCGGACCAUGGCUUGUUGGCUGCGGAGCGCAAGCAAUUGAAGUCUGGAGGAGUGAUUCUUACGCGCACUAUACAACCAUCUUGCCAUCCUCAACAACCAUCGACAACCGCACCAAUGGAAUUUUCUCGGGCCAGAUCUGUAUGCUGCCUACUUUCUUGAAUAAAAUAUGUGUCGGGAGAAAAGACGGGCUGGUGGAAAUCUACAAUGUCAGUACCGGCCGAUUGGUGCACACUAUCCUUGCACCCUCUGCUGGUUCAGGAUCUGUAACGGCCCUUGCUCCGGCUCCGGCUAUCUGCUUGUUGGCAAUUGCAUAUGCGAACGGGUCUUUGAUCAUCACGGACGUUGAAGCCGACGAACAACUUCUCGAGCUGCAUCAGAGGAACAACAAAAAGCCGGUGACAUCGAUCAGUUUCCGCACUGAUGGCAUGGGCGCUGGCGAGGAUGGUCGCAAGGACGGUAUUAUGGCCACUUCCAGUACUGAAAGCGGCGACAUUACGCUCUGGGACCUGAAUCGUGGUGGCAAGGUAGUGGGUGUGGUACGAGGUGCUCACGAAACAUCUAACCUCGGUCAAGGGACUGGCGUGAAUAAGGUCGAAUUCCUACCUGGACAGGCUGUCUUGAUGUCUUCCGGUCUAGACAAUGCUCUCCGCUCAUGGGUAUUCGAUCAGAACCCAUUCUCCCCCAUCCCACGCCCCUUGCACUCAAGAAGCGGGCAUGCAGCAUCCGUAACCAAGCUCCAAUUCCUUCCCGCCGCUUCCGACGGGUCAGAUGCAACUGGCAAAUGGCUUUUAUCCGCAGCUCAAGACCGGAGCUUGUGGGGGCUCAGUCUGCGCAAGGACGGUCAAAGCACGGAGUUGAGUCAGGGCGCCGUCAAGCACAAAGCUCGCAAGUCUGGACUGCUCAGUGACGACUCGUCUGGAGUCGAGGACUUUAAAGCUGCCCCCAUCAUCGAUAUGGCUUGUUCACUGAAUCGAGAUGGCGGCAUGGGUGCAGUCAAUGGGCCUGUAUGGACGAACACGAAAAAUGUCAAUGCGGAGGAGGUCAGUAUGACGGGCUGGGAGAGUGUUGUCACAGCGCAUGCCGAUGAUCGGUUUGCACGAACCUGGUCAUGGGGCAGGAAAAAGGCAGGGAGAUGGGCGUUUGAAACAGGCGAUCACAAACCCGUCACAAGUGUGGCCAUCACCACGUGCGGCACCUUUGCAAUUGUCGGGUCAUCAGGAGGGAGUCUUGACAUGUUCAAUCUGCAGUCCGGCGCCCAUCGUCAACGCUACCCGCCUCGCCUCACUCCGUCCCAAGCUAAAGAUAUCAAACUGCAACAGCGAACGCCAACGCCGUCUACCCGAGGUCACCGGGACGCCAUAACAGGCAUCAUUGUUGACAAUCUGAACCGUACCAUGGUCUCCACCAGUUUAGAUGGAUCCAUCAUCUAUUGGGAAUUUUCCACCGGGAAAAUCCUCGAAAGGGCUAUGAUUGCUGGUGCGGUGCCUACGGCAAUUCGAUAUAACCCGGUGUCGGGACUGCUGGCCAUAUCUUGCGACGACCUAUGUAUCCGCGUCCUCGAUAUCGAGACUCGAAAGACAGUUCGUGAGCUGUGGGGCUGCGUCGGCCAGAUUUACGACUUUUGCUUCUCGCAUGAUGGCCGGUGGCUCGUUGGAUGCUCGAUGGACUCUGUGGUUCGAGUGUUUGAUCUCGCCACUGGGCAUCUCAUCGACGCAUUCAAGACGGCCACAUGUACCGGUCUUGCCUUUUCGAGAACAGGUGAAUUCCUGGCAACCGCUCAUGCCGGCGCGCCUGGGAUCAAUGUCUGGACAAACAAGGCUCUAUUCGCCCAUAUUCCAACCAGGCAAGUUGAUGAUGUGAAUGGCAUCAUUGAUCUGAGUGAAAGUACCGACUUUCAAGCUCCAAGCCAGUUAGCCAUCGAGGCCGCCAAUAUAGAAGACGACGAACUGGUCAAUGGAUUGGAAACUCCGCCAGAGACAGAUCAGCUGGACCAGAGUCUACUCACACUCUCGCUCGUACCUCCGUCGAGGUGGCAAACCCUGCUCAACCUCGAUAGCAUCCGUCAGCGAAACAAGCCGCUACAGCCUCCUGAAAAGCCCAAGGCGGCACCCUUUUUCCUGGCGUCAAGCAUCACGAACGGGAUUAAAGGCGGCGAAGAAGCCUUGGUUUCCGAAAAGGACAGGCUAGUCGAGGAUGGUGAGCGUUCGCGGAUAUCUCGGCUGGCCUCAAGCGCUGAAGCUCAACAUUACUCCCAAAUGUCGCGUAUUCUCGAGCGGUUUGCUUCAGAUCCUCGACAAGAUCCGUCAGCCCUCUCGGAUCAUCUGGCGUCGCUCCCGCCUUCUGCUGCUGAUCUCGAGAUCCGGUCUCUGACCUUGCAAGAGAUGCCCGUCUUUGUCCGCGGCUUGACCCGACAACUUGGGUCAAGGAAGUCCUUUGAAUUGGUCAACACAUGGAUGAGCGUCUUCCUCAAGCUCCAUGGAGACUUUAUCGGCGAAGUCAAGGAACUGAACGAUGCUGUCCUCGCGUGGCGCGCCGUGCUGGACGCAGAAGAGAGACGAUUGGGCCAGUUGGUGGGCUACACGAGAGGAGUGGUCGAUUUUCUGCGAAGCGCUCGGUAG